AUGUACCGAAAAUUUCCAAGAUAUUUGUUUUUUUCUAUAUAUUUUUAUUCUUAUUUAUAAUACUCGAAGAUUAAUUGUCGUAAUCAUGAUAACAGUACGGGACUUUAAACAAAAAAAUGAUACAAAAACAAAUAAAGAAGAUGAAGUGAUAAAGCAGAAAGCUGCAACAGUCGACGAUACGAAAAACAAAUUCUCGGUCAUACACGUUGUGUCAGCAACACAACAGACCGUUGCGAUGGUACCGUUUAGAAAAUGUACUAUUUUAAAACAUGUAGCUGCCACAAAAGAUAAAACGCCACGACCUUUGCAUGUAUUAGCGCCAGCAGUAGAGGGAGCGGGAAAUGGUCAAGUAUACCAGCAACGUAAACGUAUGCUACCCGAAUAUAAAGAAUUGUUUGCAGCUUUAAUGAAACUACCAGAUAAAGAAAUGCAAAAUAAACUACUGGCUGUUAUUAACAGUCAUCAUUCACCUAGGGAAUAUAGAACGAUUGAAACGCAAACAGAUCCAGUUGAAAUCAAAGAUUUAUUAAGUAAAGAAACUGAAGACAUAUCAAUGCGAGAAACUGCCAAUGGUAGUGGUAAUGAAACACCUAAUAGUAAAGAUUCCAAUGCAUCCGAAGAGAUGGUGAAGAAAAGAAAACGAAAACGUAAAGUUUCUUUACCGCAAGCCAAUAAAGAAUCUCGCGCCAAGCAAUUAGCAAAAAUGAAUAAACCCAAAACGUCGAUGAUGAAUAAUGAUGCAGCAACGCCUUCGGCGCCAAAUGGACAGCAAUUAAACUCACCAAAACGGCAACGUAUCGAUUCAUUUUCAAUUUCAGAGUGCAGUUCGGAUAUUGUAAAUAUAUUCGAUGAUCAUCAGACAAAUGUAAUAAUGGAAUUUAAUAAAUUAAAUGAGCCAUUCGAAAAUGGUCUACUGCCAAUACAAGAUGCUGUUGUUAAAAAUCAAACGUAUAAAUUAAGUUUACAUAUUCCCAUAUGGCAAACCUAUAUAGGUACAGAUCUUAAUGAUAUACUAACAGAAGAAGAUGAGGAUUUAUUACAACUGGCCGUAAUAAACAUGUGUGACCCUUCAAUUAUAAGCCUAUUAUUGGAAAAAGGUUUAAAUCUUAAUACAUUCGAUGCUGAAUCAAAUACUAUUGUACAUUUAGCUAUAUUAAAUGACAUAACAGUCAAGUCACUAGAACAUUUAAUGAACAAAAUUGAGUUAAAAUUAUUACUUACCCUAAAUGAUGAGGGCUAUACACCAUUGCACUUGGCCAUAAGACAAGAUCGUUUUCUAUUAGCGGAAUGCAUGCUAAAUAUCUUAGAUGAACGUCUAAUGAAAAAAGUAUUUUAUAAACGGCAACUAGAUGAACUGGAAACAGAUGAAAAAGUUUUAAAGAAACAAUUUCAUAAUUAUUAUGAAAAGAUAUGCCUACGAAUGGCCCUAGACGAUGAGACAAAUACGUCUAUAAUUGAUAAUCAUGAUUUGAAACAGAAAUUAUUGCAAGCCGGUGAUCGUAGAAGUGGGAAUACAGUGUUAUACUUUGCAAUAGAUAAUCGAUAUGAACACUUAAUUUAUUUUCUUUUAGCCCACUUAACAGAUCCACGUACGGAAAAUUUAAGUGGUCUUGAUUGUAAAUCAUAUUUUAGCGAAUUUGGCAAAUCUCUUAAUUUAAGUUUAAAUAUUGAUAAUACUAUGGAAAAGGUAAUAAAGUUAUUAUCGUAGAAAAUUAA